AUGGAUCCACAAGUCGUCGCUCCAGUUCCUAAUGCCGACUCUGGUAUUCCGCACUUAACAAUCGCCAGCGAAGUCGCGACGAUGGAUUAUGCGAGAAAUAAGCUUGGUAUGCCAGUCCCGAAGGUGCUCGCUUGGAGCUCGCGCGCAUCAGAUAAUCCGGUCAGGGCAGUGUACAUCAUUAUGGAGAAAGUGCCUGGCUCUUCUCUUGCACACGUCUGGCCACAAUUAAGCAAUGACCAAAAGAGGGAUAUUAUCCAGGCCAUUGCUAAGUUCGAUGUUAAACUAGUGAACCACCCCCUUGGUGUCAUUGGCUCUCUGUACUAUCCCGACGAUAUCCCGAGUGGGAUCAAGCGCCUACCGGCUCUGGGCUCGAAUGAUACUUGUCAACGCUGGGUCCUCGGGCCUACCACUGACCGGCGCUUUUUUGAUGAUGGAAGAGGAGAGCUCUGUUUGGACCGGGGCCCUUGGAGCACUGCACAAGAGUACAUAACAGCGAUCUGUUACCGGGAGAUGGAGGCCAUUCGGAACGCAAGGCGGCCCUUCCGACCUGAAAGAAUUGUUGGCCCUGGGGGGUAUCAACCUAAUUGUGCUCUCAAGCUUUCGGUGUGCCGCGACGUUCUAAAGGUUGUCGGUCCCAUCCUGCCGUCUGACGACUGUCAGGCGGCUGUUCUGUGGCACAAGGACUUAAAUCUCGACAACAUCUUCGUGGGCCCGGAGAGGCACUACAGAGAUUGUGCGGCUGAUUGUCUGGCAGAAUGCCCAUGUCGCGCCCCUAUUUGA